AUGGUCAAACCAAGUACUCCUCUUGUUCUCAUCCACCUCAUCUGCAUCCUGGCUCUCAGAGCUCUUUCUCAGGAUAUCCUGUACCCCUUUGGGCAGGCCUAUAGGGACUCCGAGACCCCCAAAAUGGACGAUGGCAGUUCCACAGAGCUGUUUCUACUCAUACCCUUCAUCUACUUUAAUGUUCCUCAUCGCUCCAUUUAUAUCAACAACAACGGCGUAAUAUCCUUCAAUGUGCAAGUCAGCCAAUUCACUCCUGAGGCCUUUCCCCUGACGGACAGCCGCUCCUUCAUAGCGCCAUUCUGGGCUGAUGUGCACAAUGGUAUCCGCGGCGAUGUGUAUUACCGCGAGAGCACAGAGCCCGACAUCCUGGAGAGGGCAUCUCAAGACGUCCGGAAGCACUUCAAGAACAUGCCCUCCUUCAGGGCCACCUGGUCAUUCAUUGCCACCUGGCACCAGGUCACUUUUUAUGGUGGGAGCCAGACCACUCCGGUGAAUACCUUCCAGUGCGUACUCAUUUCUGAUGGUGUCUUAUUCUUUGCCAUGUUUAACUACGGAGAAAUAACAUGGAGCACUGGAACGGCCAGUGGGGGGGACCCCCUGACUGGAUUGGGUGGCACCACAGCACAGUCAGGUUUCAAUGGUGGUGACAUCAGCCAUUUCUUUAAUCUUCCGGGGUCACGCUCAAAUGACGUCGUCAACAUCGAGCUGACCACCAAUGUCAACAUGCCGGGGCGCUGGAUCUUUCGCAUUGACACAGAUCAGAUAGACCCAGCAAACGGCUGUAGCUUCAAUGGGCGCUUUUACCGGCGUGGGGAGGUCUUCUGGCUGUCGGAUCAGUGCUCCCAGCGGUGCCGCUGCCUGGAUUUGGGGAACGAGGUGAUCUGCCAGGAGGCGCUGUGUGGCCAGUUGGAGACCUGCGAGCAGCUGGAGGGGGCGUACCACUGCCAGCCCACGAGGACCAGCACCUGCGUGGUGUUUGGCGACCCGCACUAUCACACCUUCGACGGCUUCCUGUACCACUUCCAGGGCACCUGCUCCUACCUGCUGGCGCGGCCCUGCUGGGAGGUGCCGGGACUGCCCGCCUUUAGCGUGGAGGCCAAGAACGAAAACCGCGGGGUGCCGUCCGUCUCCUGGCUGCGUGACAUCACCGUGGAGGUGUACGGCCACCGAGUCACCUUACCAAAGGGAACUCUGGGCACUGUGCAGGUAGACGGUUUGAUGAAGACGUUGCCAGUGCAGCUGCAGCUAGGAGCUGUGCGCGUGUACCAAUCAGGUGUAGCGGUAGCCCUGGAGGCGGACUUUGGGCUGCUGGUGACAUACGACGGGCAGCACUACGCCUCCAUCUCGCUGCCGAGUUCCUUCUUCAACAACACCUGCGGCCUCUGCGGUAACUACAACGACGACCCCGCCGAUGACCCCGUCCUGCCCGACGGCUCCCUGGCGGAGACGGUGGUGGAGCUGGGCGGCGGUUGGCAUGUGGAGGACGCGGACUGGCGCUGCACGGACGGCUGCGCCCACAACUGCAGCCUCUGCGACCCCGCCAUCGAAUCUUUCUACUUCCGGCCCGACUACUGCGGCAUAAUCAACAAGACGGACGGGCCAUUCAGGGACUGCCGCAGCGUGGUGGACCCCACCGCCUUCGUCUACAGCUGCGUCUACGACAUGUGCAGCAAUCGAGACAACAUCACCACACUCUGUCAGGCCAUACAGGCCUACGCCCUGGCCUGCCAGGCCCUGGGGGUCACCAUCCGCUCCUGGAGGUCACGCUCCUUCUGUGCUCUGACGUGCCCGGAGUUCAGCAGGUACCAAGUGUGCACCAGCAGCUGCCCGGCAUCGUGCUCAGACCUGACCUCUCACCUCUACUGCGUCCACCCGUGCACCGAGGGGUGCCAGUGUGACGAGGGCUACGUCCUGAGCGGCAACCGCUGCGUCCGCCGGGAGGACUGCGGCUGCGAGCGGGACGGGCUCUACUACCCCCAAAACGAGUCCUUCUGGGCGGGGUCGCCCGGGGAGUGCUCCCAGCGCUGCCACUGCGGCCCCGAGGGCGAGAUCUCCUGCUUUGACGACUCGUGCGGGGACGGGGAGGUGUGCGCGGCCGAGCUGGGCUGGCUGGGCUGCUACCCCCGCAGGGAGAGCACCUGCGUCCUGUCCCAGAGCCAGGUGCUGUCCACCUUCGACGGGACCUCCCUCUCCUUCCCCGACGAGAACUCCUACUUCCUGGUGAAGUCCUGCGGGAUGGGGGUGGGGUCUGGGGCGGCGGCCCGAAACCUCUCCACCCUGGAGGUGAAGAUCGGCCGCAAGCUGAUGAACAAAGGCCCAGGCUGGGUGCGGCCCGUGGUGGCCAGGGUGGGGGCCCUGGAGGUGCAGCUGGGAGGCUCAGAUUUUAACGUGGUCAAGCUAAACUCAGAGCCCAUCCAGCUGCCGUACGUACACCCCCUGGAGACCCUGCUGGUGUACCGCGCCCCCGGAAACGCCACGGUGGUGGAGUGGACCGGCCUGGUGAGGGUGCAGUACGCACGGCACGGCCUGCUCAACGUCACCAUCUCCACGCGCUACUACAACGCCACCUGCGGCCUGUGCGGCUAUCCCAACGGCAACGGCUCCGACGACCUGCGCCUGCCCAACGGCCGGCAGGCCGAGAACGCCGAGCUCUUCGCCGAGGGCUGGCGCGCCAUCGCCGACGACCUGACCUGCAAUGGGGACUGCGACGACCUGUACCGCGUGUGCGUGGACCUGCGCCUCUACCAGAGCCCCUGGCUCUGCGGGAACAUCAACGAGCCCAGCAACAGCUCCUUCCUGGCCUGCCACGACGCUGUCAGCCCCUCCCCCUUCUUCCGCAACUGCCUGUACAACAUGUGCGUGCGCGAGGGCAACCGCUCCGCCCUCUGCUCCUCCCUGCAGGCCUACGCGUCCGCCUGCCAGGACGCCCAGAUCAACCUGGGUGCCUGGAGAAGUGCCACCAGCUGCCCCCUGCCCUGCCCUGAGAACAGCCAUUUUGAAGAGUGCACCAGCGCCUGCCCGAUAACCUGCACCGACCUGGAGCCAGAGAGGCCCUGCCCGCUCCCCUGCUCCGAGGGCUGCCAGUGCGAGGACGGCUACGCCCUGAAGGAGGGCCUGUGCGUCCCCAAGAGCGACUGCGGCUGCCAGCACCGGGGCCGGCACAUGGCCACCAACGAGACCUUCUGGAUGGACUGGGAGUGCCAGGAGCGCUGCUUCUGCAACGGCUCCGACAACCGCGUCUACUGCCACAUCGCCCCCUGUGGCACGCAGGAGUACUGCACGGAGAACAGCGGGCUGUACUUCUGCCAGCCCCGCACCGAGGCGGUGUGCAGCGCGGCGGGAUACGGCCACUUCCUGCCCUUCGGGGGGAUGCCCUUUGAGCUCCAGAGCAGCUGCUCCCUUCGGCUGCUGACCACCAACUGCGGGAGGGAGGGGUACGGAGAGGGGGCCGGCGGAGGGCUAGAAGAAGAGGACUCGGAUGGGGGUGAAGUCUUCCCGCAUUUCGUGCUGUCGGCGAGGAACGAGGACCGCGACACGGGACAAGCCAUCUGGGUCAAGGGGUUCGUCCUGGAGGUGUACGAUUACGAGAUCGAGGUCUCUCGCAGUUACAAACACACUAUUACGGUGAACAAGGAGCGCCUGUACCUUCCUCUCAAGCUGGGCCCUGGGAGAAUCAACAUAUUCAUGUUGGGGCUGCAGCUCGUUCUGGAGACAGACUUUGGGCUGAAGGUGGCCUUUGACUGGAACACCCUGUUGCUGCUGACCAUCCCGCGCAGCCUCCAGAACGCCACCUGUGGGCUGUGCCAGGGACUGCCCCCCGCUCCCCCGCUCUUCACCCCCACCGACUGGGGCAUGGCCUGGGCGGAGAGGGACAACUUCUGCCAGGUGGGCUGCGGGGACACCUGCCCCCGCUGCGGCCUCGUGGAGCGGGGGCUGGCCGCUGACAGCGACCUGGUGACGGAGAACGGCAACGGCAACGGCAACGGAAACAACAAUGGCAACGGCAAUGGCAACAACAACGAAAACCCAGGCAGCAGGUUUCACCUGGGAGAAGGCCUGUAUGGUUACGUGGAGCCCGAAGCGGUCAAGUUGUGCGGGCUGAUCGUUGACCGUAGAGGGGUGUUCUCCCGUUGCCAUAGCAAAGUGCCUCCUGCCUACUUCUACCAGAGCUGUCUGCAGGACACCUGUAUGGACCAGGGAGCUCAGGAAACCAUCUGCAACUGGCUGCAGAUCUAUGCCAGCGCCUGCCAAACUCAAGGCAUCCCUGUGGUUGGGUGGAGACAGGCUACCCCUUGUGUGCUGACGUGCCCACUGAACAGCCACUAUGCCAGCUGCAUGACGGCGUGCCAGCCCCAGUGUGCCCCGGCACGCGGGCAGCGUGACUGUAACCUUUACUGUGUGGAGGGCUGCCAGUGCGACCAGGGCUACGUCAUCAACGGCAAGAGCUGCAUUCUUAACCAGAACUGCGGCUGCUACACUGAGAGCAAGUACUACGAGCCCAAGCAGCUGUUCUGGAACAGCGACUGCACCAAGCGCUGCCAGUGCAUCGGGCGGAACCUGAUCCAGUGCGACCCGCGCCGCUGCAAGUCGGACGACGAGUGCGCCCUGCGGCACGGCGUCCGGGGCUGCUUCGCCCGCCGCAGCCAGCACUGCGUGGCCUCAGGCGGGGGCGUCUUCCGCACCUUCGACGGGGCCUCCCUGCGCCUCCCCGCCUCCUGCUCCUUCGUCCUCUCCACCAUCUGCCACAAGCUGCCCGAGCUCUCCUUCCAGCUCAUCGCCAACUUCGACAAGUGGAGCACGCCCAACCUCACCACCAUCUCCCACGCCUACCUCUACAUCAACGAGGAGAACAUCCUCAUCUCCGGCAGCACUGUCAAGGUGAACGGCACGCCUGUGUCCGUGCCCUUCGUCACGGGCCUGAUGACCAGGGUCUCCACGGCGGAAGGCUUUCUGGUCAUCGACACGGUACAGGACAUCCAGGUGCGCUACAACCGCUUCAACACCCUGACCAUCUCCAUGGGGCCGCGGCUCCAGAACAAGGUCUGCGGCCUGUGCGGCAACUUCAAUGGAGACCCCACCGACGACUACAUCACCUCACGGGGCAAACCGGCGCUCAGUGCCCUGGAGCUGGCUCAGAGCUGGAAGACCAACGGCAUGCAGAACAGCUGUGACGAGACCCAGUACGUGGCUCUGGCGCAGUCCUGCGACAACACGGCAGUGUCGGAGUUGCAGGGCGAGGACGGCUGCCAGAAGCUCACCCAGAUGAAGGGCUUCUUCCAGCCCUGCCACGGCCUGCUGGACCCGGGGCCCUUCUACCAGUCCUGCUACCUGGACGGCUGCUAUAACCACCGCAAGGCCCAGGUGUGCGGCUCCUUGGCCGCCUACGCCGAGGCCUGCCGCUCCUUCGGGACGCUCACCACCAAGUGGAUCGCUCAGGAGAACUGCUCAGAAUGGAUCUAUGACCCCUGUGUGGGAGAAAUCUGCAGUAACAACACCUGUGAACAGGAUAACGGAGGAGACCUGUGUGGGUGCCCAGAGCUCCCGAGCAGUGACAGUGGGGAAGAUGACAUCAUCCAAGCAGAGGUGACGUGUAAGCAUGCUCAGAUGGAGGUCUCCAUCUCCAAGUGCAAGCUCUUCCAGCUGGGGUUUGAGAGGGAGGAUGUACACAUCAACGACCAGCACUGCCCCGGUAUCGAAGGCGAAGACUUCAUCUCCUUCCAGAUCAACAACACCAAGGGCCACUGUGGCUCCAUCGUACAGUCCAAUGGCACUCACAUUAUGUACAAGAACACUGUGUGGAUUGAGAGUGUGAACAACACCGGAAACGUCAUCACCCGAGACAAAACCAUCAAUGUGGAGUUCUCCUGUGCCUACGAGCUGGACAUCAAAAUCUCCCUCGACACCGUGCUCAAGCCCAUGCUGAGCGUGAUCAACCUAACUCUGCCUACUCAGGAGGGUAAUUUCAUCACUAAGAUGGCCCUGUACAAGAAUGCCUCGUACCGCCACCCGUACCGCGAGGGUGAGGUGGUGUUGAGCACCCGGGACGUCUUGUUCGUGGGCGUUUUUGUGGAGGGCGCCGACAAACACCAGCUCAUCCUCAUUGUGAACAUGUGCUGGGCCACCCCGUCCCGCUACAGCAGCGACCGGCUGCGUUACAUCAUCAUCGAGAAAGGGUGUCCCAACAUCAAAGACAGCACCAUCGCCAUGGCAGAGAACGGGGUGUCGCUCACCUGUCGUUUCCAUGUCACCGUCUUCAAAUUCAUCGGGGACUACGACGAGGUGCACCUGCACUGCGAUGUUUCGCUCUGCGAUUCUGAGACCGACGCCUGCAAAGUGAAUUGCCCUCACAGGAGGAUGUACACAGACUACAGCCAGCAUAAGGAGCAGAUACUCACAGUGGGACCAAUCAGACGCAGAGAGGCGGACUGGUGUGAGGAGAACAACGGCGGCUGUGAGCAGAUUUGCACGAGCCAGGUGAUCGGGGCGGUGUGCAGCUGCGUCACAGGGACCCUCCAGAGAGACGGGAAAACCUGCCUGGCUACCAGCUCCAGCAACAGUGAUCCUCGACCCUUGGUCCUCCUCCUGGUCUUCAGUGCUGUAGCAGGCAGGUUCCUGGUCCACAUACCGAACGGCUCCUCCUAGCCCAGGCCGAACCAGGAGAGAGGGGGAAUAUGGGCGAAAGAGAGUGAGAGAGAGUGAGAGAGCGAGAGCACAUGAGAGGAGACAGGCUGGGAAGUAGAGCACACCUACCAGAAGACAGCAGAACCUACAUUUCCUUCACAGCUAUGCCACAAAAUAAAAAUAAUUGACACAGGGGAUCCCAGCGGAGCACUGAGUAACAUUGUCACUCUUUCACAGGAAUAACCAAAAAAUUAUGCAUGCCAGUACUCAUAAAACCUAGAGAUGUAAAAAUGACAAUACUGUAUGUUAAAUGCACUAGACCAAGAAUAUGUUUCUGAGGAAAAAUAGGGGGCAUAGUUUGUCUUAUUUGGGGUACCUACAGUACGCUGCUUUUUUGGUGGGCUUUGGUGAUAAAUUCCAGUUGCCAGCCCAAGUAUUUAUCAUUAAAGAAAACAAAUAUUUGCUCACUGACCAGAAGGUCGUACAUCCGUGGCUGGUUUAAAAAGAAAUGCCACGGUUACUCUGAUUCAGUAUAUCAUGUUGCAGGUACGUUGACACAAAAUUAGUGUCACAGGACUUUUUUAUUAACUACAGGCAAGUGGAAAUUAAAUCAUCAAUCAUCAUACACUUUAGCAUCAGGCUCAUAGCAAGACGUUAAUGGGAAACUGUGAGCGGCUGUAAAUAUCAUCCCCAUUUCACAGUAACCUAGCAGAGCCACGUAUGAGCCAGGCAGCCUUAAUAUGUGCAGGAUGAAGUGAAUUAAAAAAGUCACAAAUAACUAUUUUGUAAAUGUAAAUUUACCUUUUAGAAAAUUGAAUUUGCUGAUGGGUGAUGAUGAUGGUGAUAAUGAAUAAACUCAGAGCUACUGAAGUGUCAUGUACUUCACUUCAGAAUAAACAAAAAAUGUAUCACAAUUAAGUUAGUCUUCACACUCAAGAAGUGCCUAAAAAAGUACAAUACCACUGAAGCAAUACCCUAUAGGUACAUACAAUUGUACCCCUAGCCAGCAAUAUAUAAUCAAUUUGUACCUUUUUUGCUUGGAAAAAGUACUCAUUUGUAGCCAAAGAGAACAUUACUGUACUUUCAAGGUACAUUUGGGAAAAUUGAUUCUCAAAGAACAGAAAUGUACCUCCACUGUCACUUUAUUUCUGAUAGUGCACAGUGCCCUACACUCGGUUGAAACCAUGAGCACAGUGAUGGUUCUCAGAUUUUACAUUGUCUAGAGAGGUCUUUCUCUGCAAAUGGAUGGUUCACCACUUCCUAACUGAGUAACUGUGACUCAUAGCACAGUUUGACUACUCCUUCAAGAAGGGAACUCAUCACUUGUCCUCUAUGUACAAAUGUACAGGCAAAGUUUGU